AUUCGAGGUGCUACCACGCACCGCUGUCCUUCGAAUAUCGAGCCCGCCAAUGGUAGAAGGUGCCAAUGGGCACAGAGAGGUUGUCUAGGGUGCUACUGCCCACCGAAACAAAGUGGUCAAUUAGCGUACCGGUAUCGCGUGCGUCUGGUUUGAGGGUAGGUCGGAGGUUCGAAUCGACCGCCCGAUAUCCACUUUUUCGGAACGGCCUCCCCGUCUCCCCUGUAUAUAUUCGCGUUUUUGAACCGGCCUUCGAGCCCUCAGGUCCUCGAUUUAUCCAUUUUUUGGACCGGCCUACCGGCCGGGACCCCCACGAUUUAUCCGCACCGCUGGACGGCCUUUGUGCGUAUAUUCCGGGGUCCUGUGA